UUACUUUCGACUGUUUUCAGAUUUUUAUGGAUUUUGAAAUCCAGUACCGCGGCCCACUUUUGAUGCCUUGGUUUUCAAAAACUGAGGUACUUGCGAAAGGUGCAAAUUUCGGGAAACCCUGCGUUGACACGCGAUGUGUGAUUGAAAUUGUGAACGUUCAACCCGAAAUUCCGGGAUUGGAUGUCGGUCGAAGAGAUGUUGUUCUAGGCGAGAGUGAUGCUCUUCAUCGAUUUCUGUUGGACGUCGGACUGGAGACGAUGACUCCUGGGGAAGAGGCGAUGUUUGAUUAUAACACGAGCCAUUUCUCAGAUGUGAUCAAAGACUUUUCUACGGACUCGUCAGUGAUGUUCUCUUGCCGGCUAAAGUUGUUGUCGUGCGAACAGCAACCCAGACUAGGAUUUCGCACCAAGGACGAGCUUCGUGCUAAAGCUUUGAAUCUCAAAACUCGAGGUGUCGCUCUGUUUGUGGCGAAUAGAAUGUAUUUGGCUCUCCGCCGAUUUUCCGAAGCGUUUAAACUUGUUUGCCUGUGGGAGUCUUUGGUGGAUGGUCUCGGAGAUGAAAAGGAAGAAUUGUUGAAGCUUAAAGCUAAUUUGUACAGUAACUUGGCUGCUGUUUAUCUGAAAUCUGGAGUGCAAGACGAAUGGGUGUAUUGUCUAACGCAACGUGGUCUACACUUAUUAUCUGAUGAUGAAAAGUUGCUCUACAGAUUCGGUAUUGUUUGUGUCAAAUUGAAGAAGUACGAAGCUGCUGAGAGUGCCUUUAGUAAGUUGCUGCAUUUGAAUCAGAAUCAUGCAACUGCCGUGGAUCAGCUGAGACUCAUAAAGCAAUUGAAAAAGAACGAAGACGAGAAGCUUGGGUUUGCGAUGAAGAAGUUGUUUAAUCCUGGAUAACGCUGUCUUCUGGUUUCUCUGACCAGUUUUCAUUCCGUUCUCUGAGAAUUUUCUCUUUACAAUGUGACCGAACUUUGCAAGCAAUUUCAUCUUCACGAAGAGUGCCCGUAUAGUGCGUGAAUUUCGCAUAAAUUCCUAAGGCUUGUGUUGUCUGUUAGGUACGAUUUGCAAGAUGUGGGACUUUUAAAAUUGAGCCGAUAAUGAGCUGUUUUCGCCCAACUGCUCGAAUCGUUAAGAUCAUCACGCAAUGACUGACGUACAUGCAUAUCUUUAAAAAUGCAACGUGGGUUAUGAGAGUCUGUGAUUGUGAUCUCCAGAAGUUGGGGAACAUUUUUAUCGAAAAAAUCCGUCAUUUUCGAAACACGGCCAGAUUUAAUAAAAUUCAAGUGUUUCUGUUUCCAUAUUGUACGCAUGAAGCUUCUUCGUCGAAAAGUUGUGAUGUUGAGUAUGUUCGGUCUUCUUCAGGUAGAGUUUUAUUUUUCUCUGUGCCAUGUCAGCGAAAAGUGCGGGACAACUGACGACCAGUCAGGAUGCUCUUCGACGAACUGUGUAUUUUGUCAUGUUCGCAACUCUGAUCCUCGAUCUCCUGGCAUUUACGUGUAUCCUCCCCCUGUUCCCGUCUAUUUUGGAACAUUUCGAUAAAGCGGACAAUGACGUGAUGUACAAUGGGGUCAAGAACUGGUUGAAGCAGUUUCAAGGUACUCUGGGUGUUCCCGAUCAGUAUACAUCGGUCCUCUUCGGAGGUGCCCUCGGUUCGUUAUUCUGUUUUUUGCAGUUUUUGGCCGGACCUUUUCUAGGGGCUUUCAGCGACUUAUUCGGUCGGAAGCGAGUUUUGUUGUUGACCAUGGUUGGAAUUUGCUUAUCAAACGUCGUUUGGUGCUUUGCAUCCACUUUCUCGGUGUUCCUGCUUUCGCGGAUAAUCGGAGGACUGAGCAAGGGAAAUAUUGGAAUUUUUACUGCGAUUGUUGGUGACGUUUCUGAUACGGAUUCUCGCGGCAAAGGAAUGGCUUUGAUUGGGGCCGCGUUUUCUGUGGGAUUCAUCGUCGGCCCGUCGAUUGGAGCCGCUUUCGUUUCCUUCGGCAACGGUUCUGAAGGCAGUUCAGAAUGGUUCAUUUAUCCAGCUUUGUUCGCCGUUACUUUGACAGCAGUGAAUCUCAUUUUUGUGCACAUGUUCUUGCCAGAAACAUUGCCGGAAAGAAAAGCUAGUCCCGAAAAUUCUCAGUUUUCGUGGUCUCUGAGUUCAGCCGUGGCCCGAAUUCAUCCCGGAGAACUUUUCUGGUUUUCAUCUGUCGAACCUGUGGCUCGUAAGAAAUUGCAGACGCUGGGGCGAGCUUACUUCUUCUUCAUGUUCGUUUACUCGGGGUUGGAAUUUACGUUAACUUUUCUCGUUCGAUCUGCCUUUGGAUUUGGAUCGAUGGACCAGGGUAAAAUGUUCUUUUUUAUUGGGUUGACCAUGGCCCUCGUCCAGGGAGGUUACGUCCGCCGAGUCAAAUCCGGAGCUGAGCUUUCUAAAGUUAUGUUGGCCCUGUUUAUGAUGAUCCCUUCGUUUUUUAUAAUUGGGAUGUCGGCUACGAAAUCUGGAUUGUACGCUGGACUGGUUCUAUAUGGAGUGGGCUCAGCAGUCGUUGUGCCAUGCCUCACGACAAUGGUCUCUGAGGUUCCCGUGCAAACCAUAAAGCGUGGUUACGUUAUGGGAAUUUUUCGGGCGAUUGGCGCUCUUGCGCGUGCCGUUGGUCCCAUUUUCGCCUGCUCUCUGUAUUGGCUGUAUGGACCUACUAAUUGCUACAUCAUUGGCGGUGUUCUUAUGGUCUUGCCGCUCUGUAUUUUGUGGGGCUUUAAGAAAAGUGAGACGGACGGUUGUGUACCUGAAGGCAUGGAGUUUUCUGGCUCCCCGCAUGAACACUAUUUCAAAGUGAUCGUGCUGGGAAACUCUGGAGUCGGCAAGACUUGCUUGGUGCGACAGUUUCUCAAAGGAAUAUUUCCACCGGGACAAGGAGCGACUAUUGGUGUGGACUUCAUGCUCAAGACUGUUGAAAUUGAGGGUGAAAGAAUAAAGCUUCAAAUCUGGGAUACUGCUGGUCAAGAGCGGUUCCGAUCGAUAACGCAAAGCUACUAUCGUUCGGCGCACGCUCUUGUUCUGGUUUAUGAUGUCUCGAACCAACCGUCUUUCGAUUGCUUGCCGAAUUGGCUGUCUGAAAUUCAGCAAUAUGCCCAUCCAAAUGUGCUCAAGGCGUUAGUGGGGAAUAAAAUUGACCGCGACGAUAGAGAAGUUCCUACCGCUGUUGGUGAAGGAUUUGCGCAGAGAAAUGGGAUGUACUUUCUGGAAACAUCUGCAAAAGAGUCUGACAAUGUUGACAAACUCUUCAUGGAUAUCGCUGUGGACUUGUUCCAGGACGCGAAAAAGAAUGACACACUUUAUUCGGAGUCGUCGGGAUCCGUGUUGGAUGCGAGCAGUUAUUCGAUCGGAGGCUCGUCUUGUUGUAUUCGUUCUCCUGGAGAUACCGUUGAGGAAAAUGUGCGAACAAUUAUGGAAUUCGCAAAAAUCGAGGAAUCUGAAAUACGUGGCCUGGUUCAGCAGGUACAUUUUGGGGAUUUGAGCUCAGCUGCCGAUACAGUUCUAGUCGAAGUUUCUGACCAGCUGCUGAAACAGUUGGAAGACGGCGAUGAGUUUGUUUUUCGGGGAGAUGAAGACGAUUCUGUUGUUUUGUGUGGCGGCGGCGUGUCUUACGAUGUUCGAGAAGCCGACGUAUCCAACAAUCUUCUCUUUUUGCCUGACCUACGUUGUCCUGAGGAAGCUUCUCGGGCCUCACAAGGAAUAACUGUUUCAGCCGCCCAUGUAACGCUCAUGAAGCAAACGUACUGGGAACUGCGUCCGACGAAACCGAGAACGAAAAGGAUUCUCGAGUUGUUGUCGGUGGCUUUGUACAAUGGCCCUGAGAAAGAAAUGGAAAUCGAUGAGGAGUCGAGGAAGUUCUAUCAGAUCAGUGAUUUGCUGGAUUGCGUUCAGGCUAGUGAGCAGGAAAUUUUGACUGCGUUGAAGAAGAUGCGAGCGUAUACAGUUUCAGGAUGUUGGCGAAUUCUAAAGCCUGAGUACGAACUGCGAGUAUUGAACUUCAUCAUCAACUUCAUCGAGGAAAACUCCUGGGCACUGGAUAAGAUCGACCGUGAAGAGACCAUAAAAACCUUGAAAGAUCUCGAGCCUGAAGAAAUCGUUGCUCAAGUUUUUGACUUCUUUUUCGAGAAGGGCGAACAAGGGCUUCCGUCCAAGAUGAGAAAAGAUUUAGUUAGUCGUUAUUUUGGCGAAAUGUUGCUGAGGCAGUCGGAGAAGUUUGAUUUGGCAGAUUUUCUCAUGGCGUGGCAGGGAAGCCCUGAGUACGAACUGCGAGUAUUGAACUUCAUCAUCAACUUCAUCGAAGAAAACUCCUGGGCACUGGAUAAGAUCGACCGUGAAGAGACCAUAAAAACCUUGAAAGAUCUCGAGCCUGAAGAAAUCGUUGCUCAAGUUUUUGACUUCUUUUUCGAGAAGGGCGAACAAGGGCUUCCGUCCAAGAUGAGAAAAGAUUUAGUUAGUCGUUAUUUUGGCGAAAUGUUGCUGAGGCAGUCGGAGAAGUUUGAUUUGGCAGAUUUUCUCAUGGCGUGGCAGGGAAGCGUGCCUGAUGGUAUUCAAACAAACUUGUCGCAGUUGAGCGGAGUCGCGUUCGUGAAUAAAGCUGCGCAACCAGCGUAUGUUGAACGGUUGGCCGUGGAGAGUUUGCCGGACAACAUCACGGAUCGGUUAGCCUUACUGUUUAAAAAACGUGAAAAAUGGCUGCUGGAAGACGUUUCUCCGUUCAUCGAAGAUCUCACUACGGAAAAAGUGACGGCAAACGCACUCUUGACGAAGCAUGCUCGAGCGAUGCUGGUUGGCGGAAAGAAGUAUUUCUGUGCGAGACACGGAAAGUGA